UAGUGUAUAAAAUCUCUCUUCCCUGCGUCUCCUAAGCUGCAAGGGUGUGUUUGGUGUUUAAUUAUUGUAUAGAAAGUGCAUUGUGCUGUUAGUGAGUUCAGUUUCCAUGGGUUCGGUGCCCCUUUUUUCUUCUCCUAAUGCUGGUUCAGUUACAACUGGUGGAAAUCUCUGGAGGAGUAAACAUUCCACAAAGAAUAUUUACUAUGCAAUUGUAGGUGGAAAUCUCUGGCGCUGGAAACAUUCCACUAACAACAUUAACUAUCCAAGUUUACAACACAAAAGGAAAACUCGAAUAGAAUAUAAUCUUUUGAGGUCCCAACAGUCUAGUUUGAAUCAUCAAUACAAAUGCAAUGAAGGAGGGCCUACAUAUAAAGAAAGCAAUAUAAAAUAUGUUGUGAAAGCAGCCCCUGCACCUUCUGGUUCCGAAUCUCUUGCUUCUAGCCCCAAAAAUAUUUUUGACUCUGUCAAAAAUUUCUUGGUUAUUUUGUACUAUUUUUGCUAUCCUUACUCAAUGAUUGCCCGAACAUUGUGCACAAUUUCCGCAUCUUUCCUUGCGGUAGAGAAACUAUCAGAUAUAUCUCCAUUAUUCUUUGUUGGUUUGUUACAGGUUUUGGUAGCUCACUUUUUUAUGGAUCUUUAUAUUAAUGGUGUGAAUCAAGUGUUUGACCUUGAAAUAGACAAGAUAAACAAACCAUAUCUUCCAUUGCCAUCUGGCAAAUUAUCAUUUACAAAUGGUGUCUUUAUUGUUGUAUCAUCUGCAGUUCUGAGUUUUUGGCUUAGCUCGAUUAUAGGUUCUCGACCAUUGAUUUGGAGUCUUAUAUUGUGCUUUUUGCCAUGGACUGGCUAUUCAGUCAAUGUACCCAUGCUGAGAUGGAAGAGAUAUCCACUGAUCGCAGCAAUGUUGAUGUUUUCUAGUUGGGCAAUUAUAUUUCCAAUUACGUUUUUCCUCCACAUGCAGACGUUUGUGUUCAAGAGGCCAGCUAUCUUUCCAAGAUCGUUGAUUGUUACCGUUGUAUUCUUGAGUUUAUACUCUAUAGGUAUAGCAUUGUCCAAGGAUAUACCUGAUGUCGAAGGAGAUAAAAAAUUUGGCAUCCAUUCUUUUUCAGCACGUUUAGGUCAAAAACAGGUAUUUUGGAUCUGUGUUUCCCUUUUUGAAAUGGCUUUCGGAGUUGCCCUCCUAGCAGGAGUGACAUCUUCUGCUUGCCUCUGGAUGAAAAUUGUCACGGGUCUAGGAAAUGCUGUUCUUGCUUCAAUUCUCUGGUACCAAACCCAGUAUGUAGAUUUAACAAGCCCAGCUUCCACUAGAUCCUUCUAUAUGUUGAUCUGGAAGUUGUUGUAUGCAGCGUACUUUCUCUUGGCUUUCAUUAGAUAAGGAUAUCACUGAAGGAUAAAACAAUGUUCACAACAGAUACAGCAAAUAAAUAACAUGGAUCAUCUAAAAAUUAUUAAAACAAUAAAAACUCCAAAGAUAUGUGUUCCCUAAAUUUAAAUUUUUUAUAUUAUUAAGGUCUUUCUUCAAUUGUGUGAAGACUUAGUGUAUCAUGUUGAGGUUGAUGAUGCGCAAAUAUGUUCAUUUAAGGACAAGGAACAAUAGUUACAGUGAACCCAAGUUCGAAUAUAGUCCGAACAUGAAUAUACUUUGCAUCUUAAAUUAAUUAAAUUAAAGAUAAUGGCCUUGCACUAUUUA